GAUACAUUUGUUAUCUGUUGUAAUCUCUGUCUCUCUCUCUCUGACUAUGACUAUGGAUACAACAAAUAUCUCUGUGGAUCAACCAAACGUGACGACGAUGGCAUCUCAGAAAUCGUUUUGUACCCGAGAAUUCCAUUAUAUUGAUGUAUCACACAACUCUUCAACUUUAUUGAUUUCCCAUUCUUCGCCUCUGAACUUUAUGUUUAUCCCUUUUAGGUUUAUUUGACUCUGCUAUCACAGUACAAAUAUCUAUUUGGGUUACUUCUCCGAUCAAGUUGCAGUGUUAAGAAGAUUAUUGUGUUUGAUUUUCAACUCCUCAUGAACAGUAUUUAGGUGGGUUUUACUCUGAUACUCCGUUUUGUGUUUGAUAUUAGGGCAUCAUGAUGAUGGGACUGAGAGUUUGUGAAUUACUUUCUGCGGUGUCGUUUUGUUGCUUCAUGCUCCUUGUUGUAGCACAAAUUACCGAUCCCUCUGAAGUCUCUGCAUUAAUAGCGAUCAAGAGCAAUUUAGUUGAUCCUAAGCAUCUCAAGAAUUGGAAUAAAGGAGAUCCAUGUACGUCCCCCUGGAGAGGAGUUUUAUGCUUUGAUUCAGUCAUGACUGAUGGUUACUUGCACGUCCAAGAGCUCCAGCUAUUGAAUAUGAACCUGUCUGGAAGUUUAGCACCUGAGCUUGGCAAACUCUCACGGCUUAAAAUAUUAGAUUUCAUGUGGAAUGACUUAACUGGAAGUAUACCAAAGGAGAUUGGAAAUAUUGCAUCUUUGGAACUCCUCCUCUUGAGUGGAAACAAAUUAUCAGGUUCCAUACCCAAUGAGCUUGGGUAUCUUUCAAAGUUGAUUAUACUCCAAAUAGACCUGAACCAGAUAUCAGGACCACUACCAGAUUCAUUUUCAAAUUUGAGCAGUAUUGAACAUCUCCACUUAAACAAUAACUCAAUCAGUGGUCAAAUUCCCCGUCAGCUUUCCAACUUAUCCACUCUCCGUCACUUGCUUGUGGACAAUAACAACUUAACUGGAUAUCUUCCAUCAGAGUUUUCAAACUUUCCGAAUUUGAGUAUACUUCAACUUGACAACAACAAUUUCAACGGAGCUGAAAUUCCAGUUUCUUAUGGAAACUUCUUGAAACUAGUGAAAUUAAGUCUCAGAAAUUGCAGUUUGCAAGGAAAUGUACCUGAUCUCAGCAGGAUACCAAAGCUUAGCUAUUUAGAUCUCAGUCACAAUCGGCUCACUGGAUCCAUACCAUCAAAUCAGCUUUCACAAAAUAUGACAACAAUUGACCUGUCAAAUAACCAACUUAAUGGAUCUAUUCCAGAAAGUUUCUUAAGUCUCCCUUCCCUACAGAAACUUGAUCUCGAGAAUAAUUCACUCUCAAACAUUGUUGGAGAUCUCAAUCCUCCGGAAAAUGUUACCUUUAGGCUACACAGCAAUCCUAUCUGCAACAACGCAAACAUACCAAACAUAGGCCAAUUCUGUGGAUCUCAAACUGGAGGGAAUGACAUUCCAGAGAACUUAACGAAGUCAACUAUGGUUUGUCUACUUCAGUCAUGCCCUAUGGACGGUAACUUUGAAUAUAUGCCAGUUUCUCCAAUGCCGUGCGUUUGUGCAGCACCUCUGAGAAUUGGGUAUCGGCUAAAGAGUCCUAGUUUCUCUUAUUUCUCUCCAAAUGUUUCUUAUCCAUUUGAGAUGUACUUGACAAGUUCUCUUAACCUGGAACCUUAUCAACUAUCUAUCGAAUCGUUUGUCUGGCAAGAAGGACCUCGUCUGAGGAUGUAUUUGAAGCUUUUCCCUAGGAUCGUUGAUGAUCACACAUAUAUUUUCAACUUUAGUGAGAUUCUGCGCAUUAGAGGCAGAUUCACAUCUUGGGACUUUAAUGCUAGUGACUUUUUUGGACCUUAUGAGCUUCUCAACUUCACUCUUUUGGGGCCAUAUGUGAAUUUCGGGACUCAAGUGAAACGUAUAAGCAAAGGUGUUUUGGUAACUAUCGUAUUAGCAGCUGUUGCCGUUUCUGUUAUAGUCUCUGUAGUGGUUACAUUUUUGGUUGUUAGAAGACAUGCUAGACACCAGCAUACCCUGUCAAGAAGGCAUUUAUCCUCCUCAAGGCUGUCUAUAAAGAUUGAUGGUGUUAAAAGCUUCACCUUCAAAGAAAUGACGUUGGCAACUGAAGACUUCAAUAGCUCAACUCAAGUUGGUCAAGGAGGUUAUGGGAAGGUUUAUAGAGGAAUUUUAUCUGACAAUACAAUUGUGGCCAUAAAGCGUGCUACAGAAGGAUCUUUACAAGGCCAAAAGGAAUUCUUAACAGAGAUACAAAUGUUGUCUAGGUUACAUCACCGAAAUCUAGUUUCGUUGGUUGGAUACUGUGAUGAAGAAGGAGAGCAGAUGCUGGUUUAUGAGUUCAUGCCUAAUGGCACCUUGCAAGAUUGGCUCUCUGCUAAAUCCAAGGAGACUCUGAACUUUGGUGUGAGGUUACAAAUUGCAUUGGGUUCAGCCAAGGGCAUCCUUUACCUCCAUACCGAAGCUGACCCACCUAUAUUCCACCGCGAUAUCAAAGCCAGCAACAUAUUGCUGGACACCAAACUUACCGCUAAAGUUGCUGAUUUUGGACUUUCGCGUCUUGCACCAGUUAUGGAUGAUGAAGGGACAGUACCUAAUCAUGUAUCCACAAUUGUAAAGGGAACACCAGUGAAUUUGGCUCAUCAAUCGGGCACAAUGUUCUCGAUCAUAGACAGCAGAAUGGUUUCUUACCCCGCUGAAUGCGUUGAGAGGUUAAUAGCUUUGGCACUCGGGUGUUGCCAGGACAAGCCAGAACAACGACCCUCGAUGUUGGAUGUGGUCAGGGAGCUAGAAAACAUUCUCCGAAUGAUGCCAGAAACCGAAUUGGACUCAUCAAAAUCCACAUCAAAAUGUUUUGGUGAAUCGGCUUCAUCAGCUUCCUGGGGCUUCACAACCAGGGAUCCAUAUGUAUCUUCGAUUGUGUCAGGAAGUGAUCUUGUCAGUGGGGUCAUUCCUACCAUAACACCUCGCUGAUGUUCAUAGAAUUUUUGUUAUGUGGAAGAAAUCAUCAAAAUCUGUACUUUGGGAGCAAAAAUAAUUUUAUUCUGUAAAUAUUUUUGUAGUUUUUAUUUUGUAUGCCAACAAUGUUUUAGCUUUAACCAUGCAAAUGUAUUGCUCUUCUUUUUACGUGUUUAUACAUUCUACUUAAAUAGAUAGGUGGAGAUGAUAUCAAUAUAGUUAAUUCUUAAAUAAAA